GCACAGGGGUCGUCUGGUAUAAAGGCGACCACCAAGUGUGAAGGAGCGACGAGAGCGCUGUUGUCGACGUCGUACACGCACUCGUAUUCUCAGGACACCUCAAUCAGGAACGGACCGGCAAGGACUAAUUACGACAUAGUCGGGAAUAACCUCUGCUUCUUGGACAAACCAACAUCGACGCCCAAUACACCACUAAUUGCGUCCUCGACAUACACCACAACUUCAAAUUCUAUCAACAGUGACAGGGCCUCGAUUCGACACGCAUAUACAGCACACCUAGACGACUUCUGAACGAUCCACCAUAAUUCGCACCCGCCAUCGACUUAUUCCAUCCAUUUGAAAAACACGCUGAGAACCCCGAGCAGCGUGUAGGCCUCGAGGCGACGCGAGCCACACGGUGCACGUCCCUAACGACACUUCUCUCUGUAGUGUUGGGAGCAUCUAGGGGCCGCGUUUGAGGUGUAGGUCAUUCGGAAGCCGAGCCAUUCGAUCACACAUCGAGUCAGGAGCGCGAGGAGGCCAGUGUUUUCCAUAUCCGAAGCCCGAACGAGAGUAUCAUUGUUUCUUCCCUGCGCAUCAUUUUGCUUCAACGCCUCGCUGUUUGCACGCCUUCCCUGCACUCCCUCGACAGGCGUUCCUCCGUUCAAGCAAAGCGCGUUACACGCUGCCCCUUUACUACUCUCAGCCUGGACCGGCUCACCGCCGCGUUGCUGUCUAAUUUAGUCUUCUUGACCACGCCCCGACGCUUGCCGUCGCCUCACCCCAUCAGCUAUCGGCUGUCACGCCCUCUAUCCCGCUGUGUACCCUUCCGCCACAGAAACGCCAUACUAGGGUCAAGCUCCAGUGUUCCCCUUUUCCCUCUUCGCCACCUCCUCGCGACAUAGCGCCCUCCCUCCUUUUCCCCACCCCACAGCGCCCUACAUCAUUCCCCCCAACACCACCGCUGCGCAGUCCCAGGCACCGACUCAUUGGCUUGUACUGGUUACUUGCGCGUACCCGUGGCGGUCGGCAAUACUAGAACAUUCCGCUCCUAAUUCACCCAGCCGCUGGUUCCGGCUCAGGUUUCGUAUCACAAGUCCGUCGUGGCAGCGUACGUCCAUAGAUCAUUCACGACCUCGGUCGUUCGACGACGGCGGAAAGCCGCCCGCCCAAGUCGCCCCUUACCCUUUCAUUGCGGCCGUCUCGCCUCCCCAACAACAAAAUCCAAAAAUUUCCCUCGGUGUUAUAGGACAAUAUCGUCAUUGUUCAGAUAACCAAUAUCAUGGCAUCAGUCGCAGCACGUCUCCCACCGGGCGCGUAUGACCAGCACCUCGCCGCUAUGAAGCAGCGAUAUUCCCCAGCCUCCCAGAGUCAGCAGCCACCACCGAUACCGACUAUACCCCGAGAGCUAGGUGGGAUCCAGUUCGAGGUUUCCGAUUUGUUCAAAGAGCAGUGGGAGAAGUACUGGCAAGCUGAACAAGAGCGGAAGAGGCGAUUACAAGGUGAAUGGCAGGCAUAUGAGGCGCAGAAGCUGGCUCGUUCGUUACCGAAGCACGUCGCUCCACGCCCUCCGGAGCGCCCGGCAGUCGCCGUGUUCGACCCGAAGGUGUCGGAGCAGAGAGCAGCAACGAAGAAAAAAGAGGAAGAGGAAAGGGUGAAACGCGAGGUACAGCAGCGUUUUGAGGCUUUCACGGCCCGUCUUGCUCAAGAGAGAGCACAGGGGAGCUCUCCGAGAGCUGGUACCCGGACUUCCUCCCAUCAGCGUAGCACAUCGGCCGUGCCAAAUGCCUCACCCCCACCCUCAACCUCUUCAUCUUCCAGAUCCACCCCAUACACCUUCGUCCCCCAAUCAUCGUCUUCAACGUUCUACCCUCACACUGGUCAACCCCCACCGAGGACCCCCCCACCAACAUCAAGCCACAAACCUCCGCCACCCUCACCUCCCCCCUCUGGUACAUACCAGUCUCCCCCCCGAUCGCAGCCGAUCCACGCAUACCGGUAUAACUUUCCCGACACUCCUCCUUCAUCGCCUGAGAACUCACCGCCUAAACACUCACACAGAUACUGGGAUCCAUUCACCGGCGCGCAGCGUGAUACCCCGUACCCGAACUUCGGCAGCAAGAACGCCGGUCCCGAUUCCCCCCCUCCGAGCCCGAGUCCUAGCAACACGUCAAACGAGGAAGACCUACUUGGCGCAAACUAUCGAGCGCCCCAGCCUUCACCUAUUCCGAUACGCACUCCGCAUCCAACUCCACCUCAUUCUCAGGAGCAUGCCAGACAUCGUACUGCUCCGACUCGACCUCCAUCACCGGUCCGACCUAAGGUGUGGAGUCCUCCCACUCCAUCCCGACAAUCUUCCCAGCGAGCCAGACCGACCGCCAAUGAGCCUGACCUUGAAGCUUCAGCCCGUGCCUAUGCAGAAGCAAGGGCCCAAGCCGAAGCUGACACAAAGCGUCGAGCUCAGGAAGAGGAAGCCGAGAAAGAGAAGGAGAAUCGUCGCAAGCAGGAGGAAUGGAUGAAGAACCAAGAGGAAAUACGGAAACAGGCGGAGAGAGUUGCCGAAGAGAAGGCUAGGCGGGAAAAAGAAUGGGAGGAGAAGUUCAAGAAGGAGCAGGAGCAAUUCAGCGAGAGGGCGAGACAGCAGCAACAGCAACAGCAGCAACGGUCUUCAUCUCAGUCCUCGAAGCAGCGACCCCAACCGCAGCAGCAACAGCAACAGCAACAGCAGGGACCUCGUUCAAGCGCAGGGACAGGCCAGCACCAGUCUUGGGGUCAGCCUCCCCCUGGUGCAGGACCACAGCCUCAGUCCAAAUAUGCACCCCCUCCACGCCCACCUCCCCCGGGCGCCGGUCCCCAGCCUCAAGCCAAGUCUGCACCUCCUCCACGUCAACCUCCGCCGAUGUCUACGACCACUCCCUCCGCCAAUCAGACGAUUCCUAUCCUCUGGCUCUCAUAUGAGACCCGUUGGCAGGAGCUCAUCAAGUCUCCGCCGACAUCACUCACCCUCUAUUCCAUCCCUUUCCCCGUUGUUCAGCUUCGCUCAGCUGCCGACAUCAAUCCCCAAACCGUCUCCCAAUUCCUUCUGUCUCCUCAACACUCUCCGGAGAAGUCCCACAAAGGGCGACUCAAAGAUGCCAUGCUACGAUGGCACCCGGACAAGUUCGAGCAGAAAUGGUUAACGAGAGUGCCAGAGUCCCAGAGGGCAACGGUCAGGGAGUACGCGCACGCCGUGGCGAAGAGCGUGACCGCUUUGAUGGAGCGCGAGAGAAACGGGACAAAAAGUUGA